AUGGCGGAUGAUGUUUUGGCAGAGAAAGUGUUCAAUUAUAUCUGCGGUAGUGGCGGUUUUGUUGAAUUACAUGUUCUUUUAAAACAUUCCUCGCCUUUGGGAAGUAGGAAAUCAAAGGGAAAAGCGAAAAACUGGCUAAUGAAUCAACCUGAUAGGCGUUUAGUCGUCGUGAAAGAUUUCAAUGGCGAGAUAGCAGGUGUGCGAAUUGAUUUAAGAAGAAAAAUAUGUCGGCAAUAUCACGACCAAGGUUCUUGUGGAAGUGCUCAGGGGAAGUGUAACUUCUGGCAUAUUUGUAAAGGAUUCAUCGAAGAAAAUUGCCAUGGCAAAUGCAACCGCUCGCACAACUUUUUUGACCCAGAAAACAAAGAGAAAACAAAAGAAUUGGGGCUGGCUAAAUAUCCGAACGGGACUUUAAAACAUAUUGUUGCGUGGAGCCUGCCACAGGUUUGUGAGCUGUAUACAAGAGGCAAAUGUACGUCGGAUUCAUGCUUAUACCUUCAUCUUUGUUCUCAAGCUGUCCGAAGUUCAGCGUGUUCUUGUUCUUUGUCACAUGACCUCACGGAUUCUCACAACAUGAAGAUUAUGAAACAGUAUGAUCUGGUACCUCAUCAGUCAAUGUCAACAGAUUUUGUUCGGUGCAAUAUUUUGGUUCCGAAGAAACAGCCUAUUCUUCACAAAGCUCAUGAUUUUUUACCAAGUGUUUGCAACGCCGGUGAAAAUUUCUCUAAGAAAGCGAUGGGAGUCAUACAAGGUCCAAAAAAACAAUCGCCGGAAGUGUCCACACCAUCCAGACUCGAAACCACAAAAUCUCCGUUUAAUGAGAAACAAAGCUCGUACAAUAAUUCUAAAGAAUUCGAUGCUGCAUGCAGUUUUCAGGACGGAACUGAAUUUGAGAAGAAGAAUUGCUCGUCAAAUCUUUUGCAAGAGAAGACAACCAAGUCGGGAGCACCAAUCUGUAAGCAAACUGAUCGUAUUAACAAUUUAACCAGUAAUGCAGUAUCACCUUCUUCUGAGAGUAGGCUUGAGUUGUCAAAUAUUCAAACUGGAGACGAUUCUGAUUCGUCCUUUGAUGAAAACGAACCUGCAAAUAGAAACACCAAAGUCGUUGGAUCUAAAUAUGAUAAGAAAAAUUCGGUUGAUGCCAUGAAAGGUGGUGGUUUAAAACAGAAUCCUAUAAACAAAAUGAAAAACGAAUUGGAUGGAAAUGAUUCGAUGAAAUGGGAACAAGGAUCUUUGGUUGACAGUUCAAGAAAGGAUCCAAAUAUUGACCAAUCGCAAAAGAAAAAAAGCAGAAAGUCUGUGACUAAAGAGCAACAAACCAAGGCAAAGACUCAAGAGGUGGGAAAAAAUGCAGCCUGUAUGAAGGGGUUGAGUACACAACAACCGAAAAGUUUGGAGGCGUCACGUGACACAAAAGACGGUCAACGCCAACAUGAAUCCAACAGAGCCUCGGAAAGUGCCAAUAAAGGGCGGUUUGUGGAGGCCUGGUUGACAAGCCGCGAUUUCGUUGUUGAGUCUACUUUCAGUUGCACUGAUUCGCACAGGCUACCAACCUCACAAGAGGUGGAAUCUGGGCGUCAACGAAAGUUGUCUGUUUCCAGUUCUUGCAGCUCUGUUCAAGACUCGCGUAAAUUUUCGCCCUCCAAAAAGGCUGUUUUCGAUUGCAUUGUGAAAGAAUACAAUGGCACGGUGUCCUUUGAUGUCAUUUCAAAACGACAAGAUUUGUUUCCCAACGGUUGUGGGGACAUUGCCAAGUGGUUUGGAGCAAGAUCAAAAGAAAGCUUUUUAAUCAGAGAAAAGGAAGGAAUCAUUUACGAGGUUAGUGCCUUCUGUCGAAAGGCAAGGUUUUGUUUCAAGGAAAAGUGUUCUCAGAAAGAUUGUCAGUACUUCCACGUGUGCAGGGAGUACAUCGCUGGCUUCUGCAGGCGUGGUAUUGAAUGCCAAAGAAAUCACUGUUUUCAGUACGAUCAAGAUAGAAAGUUCAUUUCAAAACUCAAGUUGGAUGGCUUCACAGAAGAACAACUCCGAAAUGUGUUUCAGCUUUCAACGCCUCAAGUAUGUCUGGAUUAUAACAAUUUUGGAAUUUGCACCAACGGUUUGUCUUGCAACCAAGUACAUAUUUGCAAGGAUUUUAUCAAGAAGAGAUGCUUCGAUGAGGAAGACUGUAUUCUUCUACACGAAAGCGCGUUUGCCGAAGCUCACACCACUGCAGUACUUCAAAACUAUGGCAUGAGAGUCAGUGGAGACAACUUCAAUUCAGUGCUUCGCACGCUUUUGGUAUGCCAGGAGAACAUUUCCAGUGGUUUGAAAGACCCCAAGGGCAAUAUUACUGCAAAGGGCGUGGCCACUAAAGGGAGCAAGGGAGUUCAGCGCAUGUCAUCGAUAGUGGGCGUGGCUGCGAGUGCCCCUGCUCAGCCGGCUGAGGUUAAAGUCUUCGAAUGCCUUUGCAACGAGUACGAUUGCUCAGCUUCUUUUUCGGUGAUUUCCAAACGAACAGAUUUGUUCCCGUCUGAAUUUAAGGAUGUAGAAGCUUGGUUUCGAAGCAAAAAAGGGAGUUUUCUCAUUACAGAAGAUGAUCACGGAAAGAUAACCAAAGUGGACGCUUUCUCUACAAAAGCACGUUUAUGUCUAAGUUACAACAACUCUCAUCAUGAGGAGUGCACUAGAGAUAACUGUUCGUACUUGCACGUCUGUAGAGAGUACAUAACCGAUUCCUGUAACAACGGAGCAACGUGCCCGCGGAAUCAUAACUUCCACGAUGAAAGGGAAAGAGCUCUGUUGUCGAAGAUUAAGCUUGAUAAGUUGACAGAUGAGCAACUCAGGAAGCUAGUGCUUUCAUCCAGUCCCCAAAUCUGUGUAGAGUACAACAACGGUUCGUGUGAUCUUGGUGAGUCGUGUUCUAAAAUACACAUGUGUAGAGAACAUUUGAAAAAGUGCUUUAGAAGGGGAUAUGGCUGUGACUUACUUCAUGAAGAAGCGAUGAACAUUGAACACACCCAAGCAAUUCUUGAACGUUUUCAGCUUGGACACCAUAAAUCAGACCUGGUAAAGAAAAUUAUUCUUGUUUGUGAGCAGCGCAAGAAGUCCGCAUGUUCCAAAGAAAAAACUACAGGUAAGUAAUGUAAAAUUCUGUCAUCCCUGCGACAUCCCUAGUUUUCGUUUUAACAAGCAUUUUUCGUGGUUCCAACGUAUAAUGCUAAAAACGUAGUCUACAAGGUCCACAGUUAGGUAGUUUAAUGCUGCGGUUUUCGAAACCCGAGGUACAAGAAGCCUUACUUAUUAAAUUACUUUGUCAAACGAUAAGCUUGAAGAUCAUGAUUUUAGCGGAAAGGGAAAGGUUAGCUUUAGAUAUAACACUAUGAAAGUGUUUUAAAGGAGGGAAGCUGCCAAUGAAAGACGGAGAGCUAAGGCGGGUGUUAAAAACGUUCUACCCUGGCCGAGGGUUUAGAAAAAGUGGACUUUCCGUGACCGUUAAGACGGAAAACCAGUCUGACCAAAGAUAAAGUAAAAAUGAAUGAAUAUAAAUAUAAAUAAAAAGUUCUUAUCAUAUAUAUAAAAUUAAUACUGCAUGAUAAUGCCUCAAUGGUAAGUGGAACAAAUUUUAAUCAUUUCUGAACGAGCCUUCAUUUUUGUCUUUUUUACUCAAGGCAUUCUGACAGGACAUAUUCUCGUAAACGAGCCAGAUGCACCCAUUUGCGCAGAGUUUAUUGUUAGCAAAUGUAAGAAUGGUUCUAAGUGUACAGGUCAUCACUGCUCUUUGCCUUACCAUUGGCAAUAUAGCAAUGCAGGUGAAUGGAAGAGUUUUAAUGAGAAAGACAACGAGAAGCUAGAAACACUGUAUUGCGACGUGACACUUGAGGAAUGUUCUGCUACAGGCAUGCAAAUAUCAUUUGAAAGGUAUGUUACAGUAAUUAUACACUGAGAGUCUUGUCAAAUUCAUGGAUUUUUACUCAUUUACAGUUAUAAUAAGUGUUCAAAGUUCGGUAGACAUACUUCAGCCCAAGUCUAAUGUAUGAGAAAAGAUAAAGGAGUAUGGCAAAAUGCAAAGGCUAAAGACAAAUGAACCAGAACAUUAACAUUUUAUGGUAUAAUGCAUUUUUUUAAACAUGAAUUACAGGUUGACAUUAUUAUCAUUUUAAUAUUCAUAUUUAAGCUAUGGAUUUUUAUUCUUGGACGAGAUGUGUCAAGUCGAUAUAUUCCUCGAUAAUAAGCUGCUGAUUACACAAGAAUAUGUUGAAAGGCUCAUGCAACUGCGACGCCUAUCUACGGAAUCUGACGUCAACUCAAGCAACCCUCUAGCUACGGAGUGGAUAUGGUACUGGCAAGACGAAAAUGGAUUCUGGAGGAUGUAUGACCAAGACCACACUGUGAGUAAAUAGUGGGGGAAAUCAUGAUACCUCAGUUGUAAGUAGCCUUAGUCCUUCAAGGAAAGCGGUAAGAUGGGUGAGGGUCGGCUAGGGCCCACUUUCGGUUGAAGAUUUAACGGAUGGCUUGUGGUGAGCUCCCGAAGGUGAUUUAACCAUUGUGGGAUAUGGAAGCUGCUCUAGGGGAUCUGCAAUGUCAUUCAGUUCGUUUGGGAGAAUGAAGAAAGGAAAUCACUUCUCCCACGGUAGACAAAAAAGGGACAAACCUUUUGUACGUCUACGAAUUAAGUCGUUGCGUAUUGAUGGUUCUGAGAUUCAAAUGAGUCUCCAAACCAGUAAGAGAUUUCAAAGAGUUUUAUCGUGAAAAGCCCGAGGUAAGCUUGUUAACUCUUUUAGUCAAAUCGAAAUCUUAAAUUAUAUAAAUAUGAUUGACUUAGUCUGAAAAUUAUUGAAAAGUGAAUGGAAACACUUGUGACAGGUUUCAUUUAUAUCAGGUCACAUUCCCGACAGGAUAAAAAGCAUAUUGCCACAGUCCUCCAUGGGGGUGAAAUCUUUACUUUAACAUUGUAUAUGGCUGAAGUCUCAGAGUAAUCGGGCAGAACCCCCGAUUAAGAGCUGGACUUGCUGGAUAUGUGAUUGGUAUAUUAGGCCAACACAACAAACAUUCCAAGUAAUAUACAGAGCGCGCUUUUUAAUUUGGUGCAUCAGUAAAAUUCUUUUUUGAGUAGUGUAUGGUAUCUUGUCUCGACAAGUAACCUUUUUGUUCAUAGGGAAACGAUCUUCAAGAAUCCCUAGAGAGAGCGUACUUGAACAAGAAAAACGAUUUUAAGUUUCGGAUUGCAGACCAGGAUUACAUUUUAAAUUUUAACCCAUCAAGUGACAUGAGCCAGACAAACGUCAAGUACGGCACGACGAAAAAAGUGAGAAGAAGGCCUGGAAAAUUUGUGUCUAAGGAUGACAUUUCUCAGCUUAAAAGGUAUUUGUGUUGUAGAAUUAAUUAAUGACAAGAACUUUAUCCCUUUCCACCGAUAUGAUGGGCAAGUUUCUUUAUUUCAAAAUAAUUAGCAUAAAAUCUUACAUCAUGUUUUCACUGUGAAAUUAUGGUGACCAUGCAAAAGAAAUGUUUUGAUAAAGCUCUGUUUUUAAGAUAAAAACUAGGUACCCAGCAAGACAAUGAUUUAUGUAUAAUUUGACCACAAGUGUGGUCGUUCAUUUGCAUUACGAUCAGUCACAAAAAGAUGUCACAUGAUGGGCCAUGAUGUGAUGUCUAAUCUGUUGGAAGCUGGUCAUUGAUACCUGAAGCGUGUUUCCUGUGAAAAUUACCUCAAAGUGCUUUUACUGUUAAGGUAAAUGGUGGAUACCUGUUUGGAGCCCACAGACAGCCCCCGUGGGCUAAUCUGAUGGAUCUACAGAGGAAAACUUAAUAUGUAAGCAUUUAAGUGAAACAUCGGGUAAUAAUUCUUUCACAGAGAACAAUCAGUUGCUCAUUUGCUUACUAUAUUUUCACUGAAUUAUGCGUUGGAACAUUCUUAGGAGAAUAAACUGCAAAACAAUGUGCCACUGCAUUGGAGCAGUGUAAAAGUGCAGACUGCGGACUGACUGCGGACUAUUGUUCUUAGGGCUAGAAAACAAUGGGACUAUUGUUCUCUUGUUCACAUUAGCAUGGUGAAAAAAAUAGUCCGCAGUCUGCGUUUUACACUGACCGCACUGCAUUACCAUCUUUUUCAUAGGUCUCAGAACGCAGUGAGUGUCCUGCAAAGGAGAAAUACAAGAGUCACUAAUACGCCAAAUCAUUGGUCUUCCAUGCAAUCCAAGAGGCAAUAUCAACGUGUGUCGUUAUCAAGACUUUCUGAAGAAUUUAAAGAAGUGGAGAAACUCUUCAAAAAGUCCAUCAAACGAAGUGUGGUAAUUGUUGGAAUUGAACGAGUGCAAAACCCUUUCAUGUGGGAAAAGUACCAAAGGUACUACUGAACAAAUGCAUUAAACGUAAGGCAUUAAAUGCUACGCCACCAAUAAACGUUUCCGUCGCUUAUUACAACCCUAGAGGUGUGAAGAAACUCUUAUUGUCCCUAAAACACAGCGAAAGACAAUAUCAAAACAUAAGGAUCACGAGGGCUUUAAUUGAGUGCCCCACCGAAUUUCGCGAGGGUGCGUGAGGCACGUUUUUCUAGUAUGGGCUAGUUCUUAGUGGUAAAUAGUGUUUUUCAAUCAAUACUUCUUUAUUUGAAGGGAGAUGGGGUAGUGGGGGCUUAUUUAAAAGGCGCGGGCUUAAUAGAUUAUUAAUGGUAUUUAAUUACCCUCGGUUCUUUUUAAACAGCUUAAAAAAAUUUUCCCAAAAUUACGAUGUACUUAAUAGUUAGGUUUUUUUUUAUAUUUGUAUAUGCAUAAUUCACAUUUUAUCAUCUCGUUUUGUAUUUUUAGUUUGUCGAACGUUUUUAACAUGAGCCUCUGGCUCUGAAGAUUAUACAAAAACUUCUUACGUCUUCGACAUUAAAUAAAUUAUUCUAUUCUAUUCUACCCUCAUAUACUGUAACUGUACCCAUCUUAGUCUUAUUUACGCGGGUUGCGCGAGGGUCUUUCUCACUUCCACUCGUUUCUUACAGUAAGCUUCUUUCAAGCCCUCUCUUCCCCUUCUCAAGAACACUUCAGAGGCAGAGGAAUUGUCUGAGAAAGAGAUCGAUAGCUUACAAAUUAGGUUGAAUUUUAUGACAUCAUGCAGUGCGCGUAUUUUCGUGAUUGAAAAACAUACAUGCGCGACCUUCAGUUGUUAAUCCUCUUUUACAGUUCUUUAUUAUUUUUUAUCAUGACUCAAUAUUAAAGCGAAUGAUAAAAUUUCAAUAUUAAAGCGAAUGAUAGAAUUUCAAUAUUAAAGCGAAUGAUAGAAUUUCAAGGCCAAAAACAAAAGUUGACUUUGAUUACUGUAUUUUAUUCAGGAAAAAGGAAAACAUGGCAGCAGCGAGGAUUGGCUCUACCAAGGGACGGUUUGUUAAGGAGAGGCAAUUGUUUCAUGGAACUAACCCUGAAAUCGUAGAAGCUAUCUGUAAACAGAACUUUGACUGGCGUCUUCAUGGGAAAAACGCAACUGUUUACGGAGAAGGAAGCUAUUUUGCAUUAAACUCCUCGUACAGCGAUAGUUACGCCAAGGAAGAUACCAAAGGGUCUAAGUUCAUGUUCGUCGCCAAGGUCCUCGUUGGGUCUUACACAAAGGGCCAGUCCAGUUAUCGAAGGCCACCGUCAAAGGAGCCUUCGAAUCCCGCAAGUGAUCUGUACGAUUCCUGCGUUGAUGACAGGUCAUCUCCAACCAUCUUCGUAGUUUUUGAUACUGAUCAGUUCUACCCGGAGUACAUAAUCGAGUACACCACAGCUCGAGGCGGUCAUCGGCAGCCUGCGGGACCCGCGAGACCUGUGGCAAGAGCACCAGCUCCAACGCCUAGACACUCACCAGCUGCAAAGGGAGUGGCAACUAAAGUGCAUUACAACGUUAGCAGCCCAUCCACCAGUUAUCAGACGACCACAACCUCGAGUGUGCGUUCGCGGGUUCAAGCACCUUAUUCAGGUGUAUCUGGUACAGGCGGUUACACUUCCACAACCAAUUCAACGUCUGCAAAUUAUUAUCAUUCACCCAUAGCAAGAGUGAGUGCAUCAAUCCAAAAUCAGUCUCCUCCUACGGCUUCAACUUCUACUUCAUACGCGUACUCUGGCGGGUCAAGCAAUCAUUCGGUUUCACCUUCCUUAUCUCGGUCAUCCAGUCCAGCCCACAAGCCCAAAAAGAACAAGGGUUCUUCUAAAAAAAACAAAUGCUUAGUUAUGUGA